GAAGAUGGAGAUGAACUUAUUGCUUCUGUUGUUUCUGACCUCGCUGCUGUGCCGCUCAACAGACCAAGCUCGCCUGAUGGUGGAUUUCACCAGCUCUCAGCUUUUUGAAGGAACCCCUGUAACUAUGAGAUGUGAGGAGCUGGACGACUCUGAAGGAUGGACUGUGAAGAGAAACACGACCAAACGGCUGUCUGGGUGUGGAGAUGGAUGGGGGAAGUGGAACGAUUCUAUUUGCACCAUCAGAUUCAUCUUCGUACAGGACAGUGGAGUUUACUGGUGUGAGUCCAGAGAGGGAGCAGCCAGCAGCAGCAUCCAGCUCACUGUCACUGGUGGAUCAGUGAUCCUGCAGAGUCCUGUCCUCCCUGUGAUGGAGGGAGAUGACGUCACUCUGAGCUGUCACACAAAGACCGCUCCCUCCAACCUCCCAGCUGCUUUCUUUAAGGAUGGCGUCUUCAUCGGCAAUGAAUCAUCAGGUAACCUUACCUUCCACCGGGUUUCCAGAUCUAAAGAAGGCCUCUACAGGUGUCAAAUCAGCGGUCAUAGAGAGUCUCCGUCCAGCAGGAUCUCUGUCUCAGCCAAACAACCAAUAAUCACUCCCAUCUCCAGAGCCCCUCCCUCUGCCUCAAGUCCACUCCAACUUAUGUCUAUAGUGGUGCGCCACCUGGUGGUGUUCUGUCCAUACUUCAUCUGCACCAUCCUCAUGGUGUCUUUAUACCAACCUAGAUCACCAGAAAACAACAUGACUUUCUCAGUGGAAAACUCCCCACCCACAAUGUCUGAACGGAGGCCGGAUGUAAAGACUGACACCACCUCAAAAAAUUAUGUGUGAAUGCAAAUACAAUGUUCUUAUGGAACGUAACAUGGAGUUUGUGUGUCAUGGAUUAGAGUGCCACCUGCUGUCCAUGAGCUAGACAUACUGUUAAAAGUCCGUCCUCUGUGUUCUAUGAAACACUGAACCAUACAUGUAUUUGUUGUAUGUAAAAUGUUAAUGUAUUUAUAAGAAAAAAACAAAUUUAACACGUGCAGUCUUCUUAGAGUCCAUGACAAUUAAACGUGGAGUUCCUUCGUU